AUGAAUGGUAGAACAGUUCACUUACUUGAUUUACCUGACGAAAUAUUACUUAUUAUCUUGAAAAAACUUGGUUCCGUUGAUGUUCUUUAUUCAUUAUUGAAUAUUAAUAAACGACUUGAUCAAAUGGCAAGAAGUGUUAACAAUACUAAAUUCUUAAACUUUUCAAUGAAUAAUGUUCAACAUAAUCGAUUUUGUUGUGAAAUAUUACCUCAAAUACAUCAUAACAUUGUAGAACUUACUCUUGAACUAUUUUCUAUGGAAUGUAUUCUUCUUGCUUGCAAAUAUCCUAAUCUUACUGUUAUUGUUUUAACCAAUUUUUCCCCAGAUAUUCUUUUAGAGUAUUUAACAGAUGAAUCGCCUAUUUCUCAUUUGUUUCAACAACAGAUAAGACAUUUAACUAUCACAAGCGAGAAAGAAAUAUGUACUAGUCGAUCAUUUACAGAUGUAUGUAUACGUAUACUUGCUAUGUGUAGAAAUUUGUCAUAUUUAAAUAUGAAUCAAUGGUUAAUAACCAAUCAAGCAUACCUUUCAAUCCGUUAUCGACCUCCAAAUGUUUGUUUUUCUCCAAAUUUACACACUUUGUCUAUUAAUGUGAUUGACUUUGAUGAUUGUCUUCGUCUACUUGAUGGUCGUCUAGAACAAUUACGUUCUUUCACAGUACGUAUUUAUUCCAUUAAAAGAUCAAUGGUGGACAAUAAUAAUCAAAAAAUUUUAUUUAAUCUCAAAGAAUUCUCAUUAACUAGCUAUUUACGCACAUACGCUUAUGAUUGUCGAAUAUUAUCACUUCUUCGUCGAAUGUCGAAUUUAGAAACUCUCGCUCUAUCUCUUGAUAUAGAACGAUUAACUGUUAUUGAUGGUUUACAUCUUAAUAAAGAACUUCUUAUUCAUAUGACAUAUUUAAAUAAGUUUAGAUUCCAUAUUUGUACUGUUUUAAGAACUUCUGAAACGAAUUAUUUCUUAACAACGAAUGAUAUUAAAAGUACAUUUCUUAAUUGGAAAUAUUCUUCAGUUAGUUGUUGUAUCGAUCAUUUUUCAAGCGGAUAUAGUCAUUAUCAUAUUUAUUCAACACCAUUUCAAAUGACUCAUUUUAUGUAUCUUUCGAAUAAUUUUCGUGGUCAUUAUUUAUUAUAUGUUACCAAUUUAAAGUUAUAUGAUACACGUCCAUUUGAACAUGAUUUUUUCGAAUGGAUACCUCAAGCAUGUCCAUUACUCAAACAUUUAAUAGUCAACAAUUCAACACCACAGAAAAAUAAACGUCAAGUUACAAUAAUUGAUGAUAAACAAAUUUUCUCAACAAUUUCAUAUUUACAUUUAUUUAAACUUAGUCUUCUUCAUGCACAUGUUGAUUAUGUUGAUCAAUUUCUAUGUUAUACAAACAUGUAUGUACCAACUCUUCACACACUUUCAAUACAAUAUGAUAAUUUAGUUACUAUCUCAGAUAAUUUUACAAAUGAUCCAAAACAAAUUAAUUGUAGUCAAAUCAAACAAAUCGUAUUUGGUCAAUUGAUUGUCUUACCAAAAGACUUUUAUGAUUAUUUUCUUUGUUUAGAAAAAUAA